ACGCGCAUGCGCAGGCCAGUGUGCCCUCCCGCUUCCUUCCCGAAGCUCUGGAAUACCUCCUGUUUUGCUGCUAAGGCUUUGUACCAGUUUUCGCAAAGAUUAGGCACCAUUCCGGACCCACGUUCAGUGAACUCUUUAUUCCUCAGAGCUGCUCUUGGGCGCUGGGAGGUGAAAAUAGAUAACAAGGUUUUUAAAGCUGUUCUCUGAUGAUAUUGAUUUAGUAUUCGCCUGUACAUUUCAAAAUCUCACAGUUCCUGGUUUUGACAGCAAUCAAGUGGAAGCACUGUUUCUGCUGCUAUAUUCAUUCAGCUGUUCCGAUGGGAUUUUCUCUUAGUAAAUCUGCUACUCAGGUAUCUGCUAUGUGUAUGGAUUCAAAAGUGGAUGAUCACUUAAUGCAAGGGACUGAGAAAAGCAAGUUGGAAACAGUGACUCAAUUAUUUCAAAACACCAAGAAAAUAAGAUUAGAAGACACAAACCAAGAAAACUUUAAAAGAAGUAAAGAGACUGGCACAGGGUCUCUUUCAGAGAAAGCCUUGGGUUCAGUGGUUUAUGUUAAAGAAAGUGAUGGAAUAGAAGUAACAGAUGUGGAAUAAAGUUAUUUGUACCUAUUACCAAAGAAACCAAAAAUUGCUUUUGUCUAAGGAGGUGUGUUGAAUAAGAAGCUGACCU